GAAGUGUUUAAAAACAUGAUACAAUUUCUGAAAAUACCGACGGAGCUCCAAAACUCUGAUUGGCGAACUUUUGCACAAGGAACAGAUACUGCAAUUUGUAGAAUAUGUCACGCAACUGUGAAAACAUUUUUGAAAAUGCAUAAACAAGGAAUGUCGGAAGAAAUUAUAAAAAACAAAAUAAUUAAACUAUGUGUGUUAAUGAAUAUUCAAAAAGAAGGAGUCUGUAAAGGAGUUAUUGAAUUGAAUCUACCUAUUAUUAUGCAUAUAAUAGAUCUAAAACCAAAUUUGACAGCCAGUACAAUGUGUGGUGUUGUCUUAGAAUCAAAAUCAUGUCCUUUGACUGAUUCUGAAUUUAACUGGAGCAUUAUUAUUGAUAACAGUUCUAAGACAGUAAUUACAGAUAAAAAAACAACCGAACAAGUAAAAGUUUUGCAUAUCACAGACCUUCAUUAUGAUCCCUUUUAUGAACCAAGUGGCAAUUCAAAUUGUGAAGCACCACUUUGUUGUCGGAAAGGUCAGAAUGAAACUAAUGUAAAAAAUUCACUGGCUGGAUUUUGGGGAGAUUAUGGAUCCUGUGACACACCGUGGCACGCCAUUGUUGACGCUUUAACUCAUAUGAAAGACACACAUCAGGAUAUCAAUUACAUAUAUUUUACUGGUGACGUAAUAGAUCAUGGAGUAUGGGAAACUUCAAAGGAAGGAAAUACAAAAAACCUUGAACAAAUUUAUAACAAAAUGUAUGAAAUUUUUGAUACUAUUCCAGUAUAUCCAGUCCUUGGAAACCAUGAGCCACAUCCUUUGAACCAAUUUUCACCAACAAAUAUAAAAUUAGAAAAUGUAACUACAAAUUGGCUGUACGAAUUGGCAGCAAAUUUAUGGAUUGGUUAUGGUUGGUUGCCAGAAUCCACACGUUCUACCAUACUUAAAGGAGGAUAUUAUACUGUUACUCCAAAAAAGGGAUUCAGAAUUAUAGCUUUAAAUGCCAAUGUUUGCUAUUGUUAUAAUUGGUGGCUGUGGUAUACUCCAAGAGAUCCAGACAAUCAAUUACAAUGGCUUACAGAUAUUCUUCUUAACGCAGAGAUAAAUGAAGAAUUCGUACAUAUUUUGUCUCAUGUUCCUGCUAAUACCAACACUUGCUUACAAACGUGGAGAAGAGAAUACUUAAGAAUAAUUAAUAGGUUUUCUCACUUAAUUAAAGCUCAAUUUAAUGGACAUACUCAUAAUGAUGAAAUAACAAUAUUUUACAACUCAGAUCUUAUACCUGAAAAUAUUGCUUGGAAUGGUGGCAGUAUAACUGCUUUUUCAAAACUGAAUCCAAAUUACAAAGUUUAUAAUGUAAAUGGUAGUAAUUAUGCAGUAGCUGAUUACCAAAAUUGGAUGUAUAAUCUUGACUCUGCCAAUAAGAACAUCAACAUAAGACCAACGUGGUAUAAAUCAUAUUCUUUUAAAGCAGAAUAUGAGCUUCCAGACUUAUCACCUAAAUCUUUAAACAACUGGCUGUUUGCUGCAGCAAACAAUGAAACACUUCUAAAUAAAUAUUACACCAAUUUUUACAAACAAGCUGAGCCGUCACUAGAAAGAGACUGUAAUUUAAACUGUAAGAAACAGUAUCUUUGUCGCAUAAUCAUGAACAUAGGAAACAUAAAUGAACUAUGUAGUAAGAUUUUAAAGGAAUAA